AUGCCAACAAAUGGGAUUGAAAAUCAGGAAAGUCCCCACAACUCAUCGCCAUACCUGGAGCCAAAGUCCACUUCCCCAAUGAAAACCUUUCGAUCACGCAGAAAUGAAAUUAUUGACAAUGCCAUGAAGCGAAUGGCCGAGAAGUUCAACAUCAGGUCCACUCUAAAACAGUCCACCAAGCCAUUAUCCCUCUUCCUUCGAAAGGCAAUAAAACAUGAAGAAGACGAAGAAGAAGAAGAUGCAACUGCCGUUGUCCGUUCACGGAUGCCGCCUAUUUUACUUACUGUCAGUCACGCACUUACUACCAAGUCUUAG